AUGGGCCGAGAGCUCGACGCGCUGGAAGAGCUGGAGCAGCAGACGUACCAGCUGUUCCACAUCCUCGCGCCGGAGGUUGACGUCGCGCUCGCCGAGGCAGUCAGCGCCGCAGCCGCUGGCGCCGAGGCGGACGGGACGGAGGCGCGCCUGGCGGAGGACGAGCUCGAGGCCCUGCUGAGGGUGGUCCGCCGGCAGCUGGCGCGACACUACGCCGACCUCUGCGCCGAGCUGCAGGCGGACGCGCGCCCGCUGGGGCUGCAGGGCGAGCUGGAGCGCCUGGCCGAGUGCCUCGUGGCCGUGUCUGGCGUAGACUCGCCGGACGCCCGCAGGACUCGCUGGCCGCCGAGCUCCGCGAGGAGGCCGAGCCAGAGCCGCCCGACCCUGCGGGCCGGCCGCCCCUGCUCGCCACGUUGGGGCUCGCGAGCUCGGAGCUGCCCGACGGCUGCCUCGGCGCCUCCUCGAACGCCGCUGCGGCCAGGAGAGUGCCCGCCUGAAGCAGUCGACGGCACAUGGCGGCUGGUUCCCGGAGGCGGGCGGCGGCGACGAGUACCUCGAGAUCAGCCUCCCUAG